AUGGGGCCGUGCCGGUGGCCGCUGCUCUGCUGCUUCCACGCGGUGCUGGCGCAGAUCGCCGCGCUCACGGCGGGGCAGCGCCCGCAGGAGAGACCCCCGCGGCCGGCGGGAUGGGCCCCGGCCCCCUCAUCCUCCUGGGCGCCCACCCUGGAGCCGGGAGCGGCGGGGGGCAGCGAGGGCUCGGCGGCAGCGCUGGCGUUCCUGCGCACGGGCGAUGCCGAGCGCCUGGCCCGGGCCAACUGCAGCGGGGCGGUGGCGACCGGAGCCCCGGGGGCCGGGCCACCCCCGGCGCUGCGGGCAGCCCUGCGAGCCGCCCCCGAGGCGCUGGCCCACGCCGCCAACUUCCUCAACAUGCUCUUCCAGACCAACGACAUCCGCGAGGCCAGCGUGGCCGAGGACGUGGAGUGGUACCAGGCGCUGGUCCGCAGCCUGGCCGAGGGGCACCCGUGGGUGCGCAGGGCGGUGCUGGCCCUCGACGCCCACCCGCUGGCCCCCAAGCCCCGGCUGAUGCUGCAGGCCACCAAGGGGGACGGGCAGAUCCUGCUGCAGGACGUCUCCAACGCCGCUCCCAGCCUGGGCAACCUCAGCUGGGACAACGAGUGGUUCAACGCGCUCAAGUCGCAGCGGGCGCCGGCGCUGCGCAAGCGGGUGCUCAGCAAUGACCUGCGCAGCCUGGAGACCCCCAAGUGGCAGCGGGGGGACAGCUACGUGGGGGACCCGGGCCACGUGCGCUGGUCCCCGCCGUUCCUGGAGUGCCGCGAGGGCCGGUUCCUGCCCGCCUGGGCGGUCACGCUCUCCUCCGCCUUCUACGGGCUCAAGCCGGACCUCAGCCCCGAGUUCAAGGGGGUCGUGCGGGUGGACGUGGAGCUGCGGGAUGUGGCCAUCGACCAGUGCUCCAGCGGGCCGGGCUGGUUCUCGGACACGCAUCGCUGUGACCUCAACAGCAGCCAGUGUGUCCCCCAGGAGAGCCGCGGCUUCGUCCUCGGGAGGUACCUGUGCAGGUGCAAGCCGGGUUUUUAUGGGGCCGGCGGAGUGGCCAGCGGUGCCUGGGCAGGUGUGGCGGGGACAGACGGGGGGUCCCGCCUGGGGUGCCAGCCGUGCCGCCCGGGCUGUGCCACCUGUGAGGACGACACUCCCUGCCUGAUCCAGGAGGACCAGGUGCUGCGGGCAGCGGUGCUGUCGUGCCAGGCCUGCUGCAUGCUGGCCAUCUUCCUCAGCAUGCUCGUGUCCUACCACUUCCGACGGAGCAAGAGGAUCCGCACGUCUGGAAUCAUCCUGCUGGAGACCAUCCUCUUCGGGUCCCUCCUCCUCUACUUCCCCGUGUUCAUCAUGUACUUCAAGCCGAGCAUCUUCCGCUGCAUCAUCCUGCGCUGGGUGAGGAUGCUCGGCUUCGCCAUCGUCUACGGCACCAUCACCCUCAAGCUCUACAGGGUGCUGAAGGUGUUCCUGUCCCGCACGGCCCAGCGCGCUCCCUACGUGUCGAGCGGGCGGGUGCUGCGGAUGCUGGCGCCCAUCCUGCUCCUGGUGCUGUGGUUCCUGGCCGCCUGGACCAUCGGCAUGCUGGAGAACGCCCGCAAGAACAUCCCGCUGGUCAUCCGUGCCCAGACCACCCGCGGCCUCCACUUCUCCAUCUGCGGCCACGACUGCUGGGAUUACAUGAUGGUCAUCGCCGAGAUGCUGCUGCUGCUGUGGGGCAGCUUCCUGUGCUACGCCACGCGCGCCGUGCCCUCCGCCUUCCACGAGCCCCGCUACCUGGGCAUCGCCCUUCACAACGAGCUCAUGGUCUCAGCCGCCUUCCACGCCGUCAGGUUCCUGAUUGUCCCCUCGCUGCACCCGGACUGGACUCUGCUGCUCUUCUUCGCUCACACCCACGGCACCAUCACCAUGACCCUGGCCCUGCUCUUCAUUCCCAAGUUCCUGCACACGGGCUCGCCACUGCGGGAGGAGAUCACGGCCGAGGUGUACGAGGACGAGCUGGACAUGCGGCGCUCGGGCUCCUGCAUGAACAGCAGCAUCGCGUCCGCCUGGAGCGAGCACAGUCUCGACCCCGAUGACAUUCGGGAGGAGCUGAAGAAGCUUUACCGGCAGCUGGAGGUGCACAAGACGUGGCGGAUGGCGACCAACAACCCGCACCUGGCCAAGAAACGCAGCUCCCGCCGCAGCCUGGUCCGCUCCAUCCUGCGCCGGAGCGGGACCGAGCUGGCCGAGAGCACCGGGGACCGCCCGGGGACCCUGUCCCGCCGCAGCAGCACCGGGGACCGCCCGGGGACCCUGUCCCGCCGCAGCAGCACCGGUGACCGCCCGGGGACCCUGUGCCGCCGCAGCUCCUCGGCCAAGCGGCUCGUGGAUGCCGGCGGGACCGGCCUGAGGAUGCGGGACGAAAGCUCCCGGCGCCGCUCCUCAGCCCUGCGCAAAUCCCGCAGCUCCGAGGGGCCCCCGCAGCCGCCCCCCCGAGGGUCGCGCACCCCCAGCCCGCCCCAGGAGCCUCCGACGGCGGCGGUGCCGGACUCGGAGCAAUCGGACAGCGACUCUCUGGACGCCGCCCCGCUCCUGUGCAAAUCGGCCAGCGCCCAAAACCUGGCGGGGCACCGGCAGCCACCCCCGGGCCGCGCUCCGCCCUUGCAGAAGUCGCACAGCGUUGUCGCCGGGGCUCGGGAAGUGGCGCUGCUGGCCGCCCGCAGGGCCGCCCGGCAGCAGUGGCCCGGCAGCCGCCACCUCUCGGAACCGGCCCCGGGGGUCCCCGGUGGCACCGCGACCCCGCUGAGCCCCGGCGAGAGGGGCCCGCAGGAGGACGCGGCCCCGCUGGGCGAUGCCAGGGGACACAAACGUGUCACCUACGCGCCCAUCAAAAGUGUCAGCGUUGACGGCGCCCACCCGCCCAGGAGGGUGAGGGUGACGGUGAAGAAAACGCCCCCUCCGCCCCCCGUCCGCUACCAGAGCCUGCAGCGCUCGGGGACGCUCGGGGACGGUCCGGAGCCACCCCCGGGGCCCCCGGUACAGGCGGGAGGGGCGCAGGGGACAGCAGGGGACGAUCCGGAGCGAGGGGCGCAGGGGACAGCUGGGGACGAUCCGGAGCGAGGGGCGCAGGGGACAGCUGGGGACGAUCCGGAGCGCCCGGCACCCCCCGGGGCAGGGAAGGGCAGGCUGCUGGCCCCGACCGCCACCUCGGCACACAUCUGUCCCUGGGAGCUGGUCCAGGACGAGAUCCUGAGCAGGAAACAAAAAGCGGCCGAGGCAGCAGAGUCCGGGACCCCCGGUGACACAGAGGCCACCACCCCCGGCCCCAAACCGCCCCCCCAGAAGAGUUUCCGGAGCCUGGGACUCGCCAUCAAAGCCCUCAACCGCUCCAGGGGGAAGAGCAUCCUGAAAGGGAAAAGCGAGGGGAGCCUCAGGAAGAGGGGGAGCAGCAGGAGGGAGAAGUCCGGCCUGGCAGAGGCCUCGGCCGUGUCCCUCGGGGGGGUCAGCCCGGAGCCCGCUGCCAAAAGCCCCGAGAGGAGCGGGCAGAGCCUCGAGGUCCCCGCCCUCCAGCACAACAACAACGCCGCCACCCCCGGGGAAGGCGCGGACUGGGGGGACAGCGGGACAGGAGGACAAUGGGACAGCCUGGCCCCGGGGACAGACCGUGGGGACAAAGCGGCGGAGGAGCCCAGAGCUGCCCGAGGGGACGCGGGUCCUGCUGGGGGUCUGGAGCCACCCAGCGCUGGCCAGCGAGGAGCUGGAUGUCCCCCGGGGGUGACACGGGCACUGCCCCAGGAAGGGGACGAGGCUCCCGCAGCGGAUCUGGGGCAGGACGGUCCUGGGCUCACAGGGGAGGAAGGGACACUUGAACAGCUCCAGGGGACCAGCGGAUCUGUCCAGCCCCGGGAGCACCCUGAGGAGGAGCACCCGCCUGCGGAGCCCACCCCGAGCGGAGCCCGGCUCUCCCCCGGGACCGUGCGGGGCGCGGCGGGGACCGAGCCGCGGGCUGAGGUUUGUCCGCCCGGAGCGCUCGGAAUCCCGGCAGGAAGGGGAGCCCUGCUGCGCCAGGAGGCGAUCGCUCCCCGGGAGGACGGGGGGAUCCCAGAGAGCCCGGACAAGGCGCUGGAAAAGGGGAGCAGCCAGCCCGAGCCUGGAAGGAGCUGGAGCGGGGCAGGGAGCGCGCAGGGAGAGCUCAGUCCCGGUGGAACGCGGGGAGAUUCCAGCUCCAAAGCAGGAAUCUGCCCUGGGAAGGGCAGUGAGGGGGAUUCUCAGCGAUCUCCGAGCAUGGAAAAACCACCCGAAGUGCCGAAAGUCGCCCCGGAGCAAGCGGAGGGCAGCAGGGCUGAGGUGUGCCCGUGGGAAAGCCGGGAGCAGGGAAGGAGUGUCCGAGCAGAAAUCUGCCCCUGGGACACAGAGGGGGCUCCGCCGGAGCAGGAGGGGCAGGGAUCCCCCAAAAAAGGUAUGGGACAGCCUGGGAUGGAGCUCGCAGGAAAACCUCCAGCUCCAGCCAAACCCUCAUCCCAGCGGGCUGGAACCACCGAGAGCAAAAAGGCGAACGUCUGUCCCUGGGAGGUGGAGGAUGAGCCGAGCCCAAAAACAGAGAUCUGCCCAUGGGAAGAGGCAUCAGCUCCGUCAGGGAAAGAGAGAUUGAGGCAGGACACGAGCGGCACUUCCAAGGGGGAAGAUAAGGUGGGAUCCAGAGCACCAGAAAAAAGAAAGCAGCCCCCAGCCAAACCCCUGCCUAAAUCUCCUUCAGGGAAAUCCCAGAGCUCGGAGAGGGCAGAGAUCUGUCCCUGGGAGGUUGAAUCCAGUGACAAAGCUGAGAUCUGUCCCUGGGAGACUCAGGAUUCUAGAUCCAGUGAUAAAGCCGAGAUCUGUCCCUGGGAAGUGGCUGAACCUCAGCUGGAGAAGGGAACAGCCCCGGGAAAGGAGAAACUCCCAGGAAAACAAACCUCCAAAGCUCUGGAGAAGGGGAGCAGAGACCGAGUGUCCGUCUGUCCCUGGGAGAGCCCGGACACGGAGCAGCCUCCGGCCAAACCCCGCACUGGGAGCUCAGCAGUGCCCAAAACACCUUCAGAGAAAUCCCAGAGCUCGGAGAGGGCAGAGAUCUGUCCCUGGGAGGUUGAAUCCAGUGAUAAAGCUGAGAUCUGUCCCUGGGAGUCUCAGGACUCUAAAUCCAGUGACAAAGCCGAGAUCUGUCCCUGGGAAGCGGCUGAACCUCAGAUGGAGAAAGGAACAGCUCCAAGAAAGGAGAAAAUCCCAGGAAAAGAAGCCUCCAAAGCUCUGGAGAAGGGGAGCAGAGAGAGGGAAUCGAUCUGUCCUUGGGAGAGCCUGGACACGGAGCAGCCUCCGGCCAAAUCCAGCAGCAGAGGCUCAGCAGUGCCCAAGGCAGCUCCAGAGACAUCUCAGAGCUCAGAGAAGGCAGAGAUCUGUCCCUGGGAGACUCAGGAAUCUAAAUCCAGUGACAAAGCCGAGAUCUGUCCCUGGGAGGUGGCAGAGCCUCCCUCCCAGCAGCCAAAGCAGGUCCCUGCUGGGGGCUCCAAGGGGGACAAGCGCAUCACGCGCCAGGCAGCGCUGGCCAGCCCGGAGAGAUCCCUGGACAGCAGAGAGCGAGUGUCCGUCUGUCCCUGGGAGAGCCUGGACACGGAGCAGCCUCCGGCCAAACCCCACACUGAGAGCUCAGCAGUGCCCAAAGCACCUUCAGGGAAAUCCCAGAGCUCGGAGAAGACAGAGAUCUGUCCCUGGGAGACUCAGGACUCUAAAUCCAGUGACAAAGCCGAGAUCUGUCCCUGGGAAGCGGCUGAACCUCAGCUGGAGAAGGGAACAGCCUCGGGAAAGGAGAAACUCCCAGGAAAAGAAACCACAAAUGCUCUGGAGAAGGGGAGCAGGGAGAGGGAAUCGAUCUGUCCUUGGGAGAGCCUGGACACAGAGCAGCCUCCAGCCAAACCUCACAUCGGGAGCUCAGCAGUGCCCAAGGCAGCUCCAGAGAAAUCCCAGAGCUCAGAGAAGGCAGAGAUCUGUCCCUGGGAGUCUCAGGAAUCUAAAUCCAGUGACAAAGCCGAGAUCUGUCCCUGGGAAGCGGCUGAACCUCAGCUGGAGAAGGGAACAGCUCCAGGAAAGGAGAAACUCCCAGGAAAACAAGCCACAAAUGCUCUGGAGAAGGGGAGCAGAGAGAGGGAAUCGAUCUGUCCUUGGGAGUCUCAGGACUCUAAAUCCAGUGAUAAAGCUGAGAUCUGUCCCUGGGAAGCGGCUGAACCUCAGAUGGAGAAAGGAACAGCUCCAGGAAAGGAGAAACUCCCAGGAAAAGAAGCCUCCAAAGCUCUGGAGAAGGGGAGCAGAGACCGAGUGUCCAUCUGUCCCUGGGAGAGCCUGGACACGGAGCAGCCUCCGGCCAAACCCCGCACUGGGAGCUCAGCAGUGCCCAAAGCACCUUCAGGGAAAUCCCAGAGCUCGGAGAAGGCAGAGAUCUGUCCCUGGGAGGUUGAAUCCAGUGACAAAGCCGAGAUCUGUCCCUGGGAAGUGGCUGAACCUCAGAUAGAGAAAGAAACAGCUCCAGGAAAGGAGAAACUCCCACCAAAAGAAGCCUCCAAAGCUCUGGAGAAGGGGAGCAGAGAGAGGGAAUCGAUCUGUCCAUGGGAGACUCAGGAAUCCAAAUCCUGUGACAAAGCUGAGAUCUGUCCCUGGGAAGCGGCUGAACCUCAGCUGGAGAAGGGAACAGCCCCGGGAAAGGAGAAAAUCCCACCAAGAGAAGCCUCCAAAGCUCUGGAGAAGGGGAGCAGAGACCGAGUGUCCGUCUGUCCCUGGGAGAGCUCGGACACGGAGCAGCUCACCCUGAAAACUGCAGUGGGGAAGGAGCCAUCCAAGAAAUCCGACAGCACGGAGAGCAGGAAAUCUGAAAUUUGUCCCUGGGAAGCAGCAGAGCCCAUGGGGUCAGAGGAGGAAAUCUCCCAGCCACAGGGAGCCCACAGAGCUUCCCCAGCAGGGAUGGGACAGGCAGGAGCCAGAGCCGUGUCUCCAACACUUCUGGAAAAUUCCAGGGGCAGAUCCGGCGGGGAAGCCGAGCACAGGCCCCUGUGCCGGCUCCUGCCCGGCGUGCAGCACCCAGGGGUGGGCAGCAGCUCCAGCCCCGGCACUGGCCUGGCUGAGGUUUGUCCUUGGGAAGCUGGAGAGGCUCCAGCGCCUGCCAGGCCCGGCUCGGACACGGGGAAAAGCUCCGAGGUGUGUCCAUGGGAGGAGGAGAGCACGGAGCCGUCCCAGAGCUGCCCCGGGCAGGGCAGAGCUGGGGGGAGACCCCGGGAUGGGGGUGGGGUGUGAGCAGA